UUACAACCGCAGUAUAAUCCAUCGUAACCUAAAGUAGGUUAGGGUUUAAAACCAAAUUUUUUCCCAUAUCGAAUCGAUCGAAGAACAGAGACGAGCUGGAGCCGACAGACAUGGAAGGAGGAUGGCGAUCUUCUUGCCGUCGCCGUAAAUACGAAGCUUUCUUCGGAUUACUGCACUAAACAUCUCAGGGUUUUGGUUCUCUCGCCGGCGUCGAUCACCGAAGUUAGGGUUUCUUGAACUGUCUGUCCCCAUUCCAUCUCGAAAGGCACACCUCUUGGAAAUGACCUUCAAUCGAAGAAUUGAGCAAAACCUCCGAUCCACUGCCAUCAUCUACCUCCUCUCCACCACCCUCAUCCUUGGAGUGGUGGCUUCUCUCUUCGCCUGGCUCACCUUCCCGAUCUCACGACCCAGUUCAACCUCCGGAAUUGGCUGCCGUCUUGACGGCGAAGGGUCAUGGUCCAUUGGGAUCUUCUAUGGAGGUUCUCCAUUAGCUCUCAAACCAAUUGAAGAUAGAAAUGUGUGGAGGAAUGAGAGUGCGGCUUGGCCGGUGGCGAAUCCGGUGUUUACUUGUGCCAUGCCCUCGAAUUCUGGAUUUCCUAGCAAUUUUGUGGCCGAUCCCUUUCUUUUUAUCAAGGAUGAAAUCUUCUAUUUGUUCUUUGAAACGAAAAACUCCAUCACUCUGCAAGGCGAUAUUGGUGUUGCUAUGAGCAAAGAUAAAGGUGUGACAUGGACUCAUUUGGGCACUGCUUUAGACGAAGAGUGGCAUCUUUCAUACCCUUAUGUUUUUGAUUACCAGGAUCAAAUAUACAUGUUACCUGAAGGCAGCAAGAAAGGAGAUCUUCGUCUAUACCGAGCAGUAGAAUUUCCUUUGAAAUGGAAGCUCGAAAAUAUCAUCAUGAAGAAGCCACUUGUAGAUUCAUUCAUCGUAAAUUAUGAAGGAUACUAUUGGCUCUGGGGUUCAGAUUCUCAGAGGAACGGAGAGCUUCAAAUUUGGUACAGCAAUUCACCACUAGGCUCCUGGAAGCUACACAAGCAGACUUCCAACCAUAGUUUUGACAAAGGAUUUGGUGCUAGAAAUGCAGGCAGACCAUUCAUAUACAACGGCGAGCUUUAUCGUCCAGGACAGGACUGUCGCGAGACAUAUGGACGGAGAGUAAGAAUAUUUAAAGUUAAGAUUCUCGCUCCAGACAAAUUCGAGGAAGUUGAAGUUCCCCUCGGCAUCGAAGAUUCCAAAAAAGAUCGUAAUUCUUGGAAUGGCGCUCGUUUCCACCACAUGGAUGUGCAGCAGCUUUCCACCGGCGAAUGGAUCGGGGUGAUGGAUGGCGACAGGGUCCGUUCAGGUGAUGCAGUUUACAGGCUUAUGAUUGGUUAUACUUCAUUUGGAGCUGCCAUUGCCCUCUCUAUUCUCUCAGGAAUAAUGCUGAGUUCAAUUAAGUUAAUUCUCCCUGUUCGCCAGUGCAUCCCGAUCUCUGGCAAGCGAAACAAUAUUGUCUACACCAGUCGCAAGAGCGCUGACAUCUACACAAAUCUGAGAUGGCUUCUCAUACAAAUUAACAGGUCCGUUUCACAAGUCCAGGGACGAAUAAACCCGAAAGCAUUCGCAGGGCGUCUAAUCCUUGUUCUCAUAUUUCUACUUCUGGUUUCGCUAACAUGUGUCGGCACCCAUUACUUGUACGGAGGCAUUGGUGCAGAAGAGCCUUACCAACUUAUGGGACAUUACUCCCAAUUCACUCUCCUCACCAUGACUUAUGAUGCCAGGUUAUGGAACCUGAAAAUGUAUGUGAAGCAUUACUCAAAAUGCUCAUCAGUAAGGGAGAUUGUUGUAGUCUGGAACAAAGGCAGAACACCAGUAUUAAGCGAACUGGACUCUGCUGUUCCAGUUAGGAUCAGGGUGGAGAAAAGAAAUUCUCUGAAUAAUAGAUUCAAGCUCGACCCGUUGAUCAAGACCAGAGCCAUUCUCGAGCUCGACGAUGAUAUCAUGAUAUCGUGCAAUGAUGUGGAGCGAGGUUUCCUGGUGUGGAGGGAACACCCAUAUCGGAUCGUUGGGUUCUACCCACGUCUUGCCGAAGGUGAUCGGUUAACUUAUCGUGAUGAAAGGUAUGCUCGAGGGCAGCACGGAUACAAUAUGAUACUUACGGGAGCUGCGUUUAUGGAUGCCAAGUUAGCAUUUGGUAGAUAUUACGGUGAGGAGGCGGUGGAGGGAAGGGAGUUUGUGGAUGACAAAUUUAACUGUGAGGACGUGCUGUUAAAUUUUUUGUAUGCCAAUGCUAGCUCAGGAUCUAGGGUGGUGGAGUAUGUGAAGGCUUCUUGGACGAUAGAUACGUCCAAGUUUUCUGGAGUGGCAAUCAGUAAGAACACUAACGUGCAUUAUAAGGUGAGGAGCGAGUGCCUUGUUAAGUUUGCUGGACUUUAUGGGAAUUUGGGUGCAAAAUGGGGUUUUGGAAGCAGGGGUGAUGGGUGGGAUGUAUAGUUUUUAUCAUUUAUUUUAUUUUAUUUUAGGAAAUUUACAUACAUUCAUCAUAAUUCUCGUGUAUUUACAUAUCUCCAAGACCUUAACUUUCAUAUUUACAUUCAUAAUAUUUUGUUGUGAUAAAACUAGGAAUGCGAAGAUGUACGUCGCUUUUAAAAAACUAGGUACUAGUGAUAUUCUUUGCAUGUAAAUAUGAAAGUUUAGGGGUUAGAUAUGUAAAUGCAUAAGAAUGAUGUGGUAUUUAUUAUUAUUAAUUUUUAUUUAUUUAUUUAUUAUACAGGCUUGUAUAUAGCGUGGGAGGGUAGAUUCCUUGAGCAUUUUGUGCGUUGUGUAUUUCUUUUUAGGGAUUGAGAUUUUGUGGUGUCCUGCUAAAGCAUGUUUUGAUCAAUAUAAAAUAUUUACUUCGGACUUGUGUAGGACUUGUGCGGGCAUGGCAUCUCCUUUAUGGGACUGCAUAUUUUAUUUUUAGAUUGCAUGUGU